AAAAAAAAAAUAUUUUUUUAUUAUUUAUUUACAAAAUUUUUGGAUACAAUACAAGCACCUCACUUUGAUUCCCUUUUUGUGAUUAUUCCUUUUCAAUAGAAACAGUUUUUGUAAGGUUUGCUUGGGGAUGGUGGGGUUUUCUUGCUUUCUUGUAUUCUUUUCUUGAUUCUCUAUGUUCUUCUUUUUUCUUUUCUUUCCAUUUCUUUAUCAGAUUCCUCCAACUCUUUUUGUUAAUUAUUUUAUGGUUUAAAUUUUAGAAUUUUGUUUUGUUUCACACACCCACAUGCAUGUUCUUGGGUUUGUCUGAUCUGGAUUGGAUCACAAGAAUCUUUUGUUCUUUCUUAACUUGCAGAGAGAGAGAGAGAGAGAGAGAGAGAAAGAGAGACAGGUGGUGGGGUAGAGUGCCUAAAGCUCUUUUGGGGGAGGGUUACAAAAGAAGCAAAAGAAGGGAAGAAGAAGAAGAAAGAGGAGGUGGAGGUUAAUUAGAAGAAGAAGAAGAAGAAGAAGUAUAAGGUGAGAUUUCUUGGUCGCUUGGAUCCUUGCUUUGGGCCCACCUUCCAUUCUUUUCUUCUGUCUCUCAUAUAGGUGUCAACUGUGUCUUAUAUGCUGUUCUCUUGUGCCAUUUCGGUAUAAUUUGAAUUGGGUGUUUUUCAUAUCUUGCAAAAACUGCAAGGAAUUUCUCAUUUUGGUGACUAAUUGUGAACUGGGUCUGUUUCGUUUGUUUGAAUUCACUGCUCUGAAAUUUCAUCCAAUUGAAUUCUAGUAUUGGAUGGUUGAAUUGUAAAUUGGAUUGUGUACAUUAGUCUGGGUUGGUGGUAUAUUACACCUGAGGCAUGGCGGGUAUUGAUGUUUCAAAAUAUGCUCAUAGCCCUGUGCAUAAGGCCAUUGUCAUGAAGGAUUAUGCAAGCCUCAAGAGGAUACUUGCGGGUCUCCCGAGGCUUUGUAACCCAGCUGAGAUUCGCACUGAGGCAGCUUCGUUGGCUGAGGAAGAGAAAGCUGAUACCAUCACUGCUGUGAUUGAUCGGCGGGAUGUUCCAAACCGUGAUACCCCACUUCACUUGGCUGUAAAGAUUGGCGAUGAGACGUCAACCGAAAUGCUUAUGGUUGCUGGGGCGGAUUGGAGCUUGCAGAAUGAGCAGGGGUGGAGUGCACUACAGGAAGCGAUAUGCAGUAGAGAAGAAAGGAUUGCCAUGAUUAUAGUUAGGCAUUACCAGCCACUGGCCUGGGCAAAAUGGUGUAGAAGGUUGCCUCGCUUGAUAGGGACCAUGCGAAGAAUGAGGGACUUCUAUAUGGAAAUCACAUUCCACUUUGAGAGUUCUGUGAUUCCUUUCAUUUCAAGGAUUGCCCCUUCGGAUACUUACAAAAUUUGGAAGAGGGGUGCGAAUUUGAGGGCAGACAUGACUUUAGCUGGGUUUGAUGGUUUUAGGAUUCAGCGGUCAGAUCAGAGUAUUAUUUUCCUUGGUGAUGGGUCAGAGGAUGGAAAGGUCCCUCCUGGUUCGCUUUGCAUGAUUUCACACAAGGAUAAGGAGGUGAUGAAUGCUUUGGAUGGUGCUGGUUCUCCAGCAACAGAAGAAGAGAUUCGACAAGAAGUGGCUGCAAUGUCUCAAACUAACAUAUUCAGGCCUGGGAUUGAUGUGACUCAGGCAGUUCUUUUGCCACAGUUGACAUGGAGGCGACAGGAGAAAAUGGAAAUGGUGGGCCAAUGGAAGGCUAAGGUAUAUGAUAUGCACAAUGUGGUUGUGAGCAUCAAAUCUAGGAGAGUCCCAGGGGCCAUGACAGACGAUGAAUUCUUCUCAUCUUGCAAUGAAAAUGAAACUGACAGUGAGGAGCUUGGUGAUAUUUUGACAGAGGAUGAAAGGAGACAACUUGAAGCUGCGCUUAAGUUGGAUACAUCAGAAUCAACCAAUGAGAAUGGCGAUGGGAUUAUUGGGCAUCGCCAUAGUUGUUAUGAGACCAGGGAGAUCCCUGUGGAAGAUUUGAGUGAUUGUAGGAAUGGAGAUGGUUGUAGAAAUGGAGAGGCCAAGCAGGAAAAGAAAGGAUGGUUUGCUGGAUGGAGGAAACGGGAUUCGAAAAAUGAAGCUCAGAAGAAGAUUGCUCCACCUAGAAGUUCUCUCUGCGUAGAUGACAAGGUGAGUGAUCUACUAGGAGAUUCUCCAUCAAGAAAUCAGGCCAAACCAGGAAGACACUCCGUGGAGAUUGUCAUAAGGGGGGAUGAGCACCGGAGAGGAAGUACUAAGACAUCUACUUCUAUGAGUUCUGAGAGCAGAAAUCGCCACAAGGAUGGAGUUCGUGAAAAUGAGUAUAAGAAAGGAUUGAGGCCUAUUCUCUGGCUUUCCCCAAGCUUUCCGCUACAAACUGAAGAGUUGCUACCAUUGCUUGACAUUCUUGCAAACAAGGUUAAGGCAAUUCGUCGUUUGAGGGAACUGCUUACAACAAAACUUCCGAUGGGAACCUUUCCAGUCAAGGUUGCCAUUCCGGUGGUUCCCACUAUCAAAGUUCUGGUUACUUUUACAAAGUUUGAAGAACUACAGCCCUUGGAUGAGUUUGCGACACCCCCAUCAAGCCCUCCUGCUUCAGGGCGAGAGAGCCCUGCAGUGACACACUCCUCGAGUUCAUCUUGGUUUCAGUGGAUAAAAGCUCCUUAUAACCGCCCCAGCUCAUCCACCGCCAGUUCUAGCAGUAGGAUAGAAAAUAUUCAAGACCCAUUUGCAAUUCCCUUGGAGUACAGUUGGAUUACUGCUGAAGCAAAGAAGAAGAAGAUGCAAGAGAAGAACAAAUCAAAGAAAGGGAAAAGUCAUAAUAACCAAUGAAGCCAAGACAGUGUUGAGAGUAAGACCCAGAUGUAAAAGAUAAAUGUAGAUCAGUAAAAGAACUCAGCAGAUACAAAUAGGAAAUAGUGUUUCAUUAAUUCAUAAAUUCAUGAUACUGUAAGGGAAAAAAGUAGGGCCUUGCUUCCCGAUGGAAGUGAUGAUCCUUGAGGUGGGGGUGGAAAAAAGAAACAAUAUUGUGAUUCUUGCAACAAUUGCUUGCCAUUGGUGGAUGUUUUCACCAUUUAGAUUACUUGAUUCACUUUCAUUUUA